AUGGCUUCUGAUAUGAAGGGGGAUGUUCUGCGAGACCAGCCUGUGCAGUUUACGUUGCUGAUGCUGCUGGGCGUCGGAUGCUGCGGCAUCAUGGCUCCGGUUUGCUGCAUGUGGUCAAGGGGUUUGGAAGCGUCGGUCCUUGCCUUUGAUGAAGCUGGUUGCUAUUUCGUUGGCGGCUUGUUUGGUGGAUCCAUCCUCCUCGAGAUGCUGGUAGCUCUCCUCAUGGCCACCGGUCAUUUUCCGGACCUGGGACCGCCUUCUUGGUGGCGAUCCUCGUUGGCUUGGUGUUCUCAGUCAAGGUGA